CAAAAAAAUCCAAAGAGCCUAUAUAUCAAGGUUUUCAAAGAAGAGCCUAUAUACACCAAUUUGUAGACUUGUGUCGCCCAGUAUCAUAAUACAAAAAAAAGAGCUGCUACAUUGACUUGCUUCAUAGCAGCGCCCAAAGGUAUUUUUGAGUGAUAUUUUUGUGUGUUGGUGUUUAUUUUGGCAAUGGACUCACUUUUGGACAAAGUUCUUGAUUCACUCGAGAAAGUUCUACGGGGACAAAUUGAAUUUUAUGAAGGAGUGUGUGCAGUUGAAGAUUCCGUGGAUGAGAUUAUAAAGAAACUUCAGGCAUUCCGUCAAAUUGAAGGUCAACCAAAAUAUGAUUUCGAGGUAUAUGCGUUUUCCGUAGAGGCCUAUUGUUCAAUACAAAAUUUAGUCUGUGGUCUCCCAAUUAUGCCGAGCCUGAUUCCUAUAGAGUUAUAUAUUUUCAAAACAACCAUGAUGCGCUCUAUAAGGAAACUCAUUGGCACUCCCCGAGAUUUGGCCCCUGCAGUAGCUGUGCAGAACACAACUUUGCAGGACCAGGAAUUUAAAAAGGAAAUUUUUAUUAAUCCUAUUGGUGUUCCCGAUGAUGAUCUUAUUAUUGAUCCCAUAGAUGUUGUUCCUGUUACCGUUGAUGAUGUUGUUGUUGAUGAUGUUUCUGGUGACGAUCAACAAGACCACACUGUCCAAGCAGAAUAUUCCAGAGAUAGUGUCAUUUUUUAUGAAUGCACAGAAACAUUUGGGACGUCAGGAAGUGACGUUGUUGUCCUUUAUGAUUCUGGGGAUGUCAAGCGUGAUGGCAUGAUUUUCUUCUUAUUGGUUCUCUGGAGUUGUUUGCUUGGCGUUGUUAAUGCUUUGAGCUUGACCGAUUCUUUUGAUGCUCCAUUCAUAAAGGAGGACAUGAUGUUGAGGGAUGCUACAAGCUCAUUGGAUACCCGGAGGGAUGGAUAUUUCGAGACCUGGCUGGAAAAGCUCAUUGGAUACCCGGAGGGAUGGAUAUUUCGAGACCAGGCUGGAAGAGGAAGAGGGAACAAUCGUGGGAGAGGAAACUUCCGCGGUCCAGGAAGAGGAGCGGGACGGUCGACCGUGGGUGCUGGACGGUCGACCGUCACGGGCGGCCGAAGUGAAGUACAUGCAGUGCAGGGCGAAGGGCCGUCUCCACUGCCCAAUUUUGAGGAUUUGACGUCUGAACAGUGGAAUGCUGUUCGUCAUGCUCUCUCACUCUCUUCCACCGAUAAUUCUCAAAAACUCUCAGGUGGAACACCCAGAGAGGAUGCAUUAAGGAGCAACUCAGCCACCGAUUACUUUGAAGAUGCUGAGGAACUAUCCACGGAGGACCAUCUGGACCGUUCCUGGAGGAACGGUCGCCUGCCGGGCAAUGGAGAUGCAGAGGAGCUACAGACGGUCGACUCAGUGGACCGUGCCGAUGACCACGGUCGACCGUCGGGAGGGCAGAAUGACGGAUCCUCAGGAGAAGAUCCAACGGUCGACCGUGCCAUGGAGGACGGUCGACCGUCAUCGAGGCAGAAACUUGACGCACCAGCACAGCUACAGACGGUCGACUCCGUGGACCGUUCCACGGAUGGCGGUUGACCGUCCCCGAGGCAGAAACUUGAUGAACCAGCGAUGCUGCAGACGGUCGACCCCGUGGACCGUUCCACGGAUGGCGGUCGACCGUCCUCUUCCCAGCAAACAGUAGAGACUUUGGGGCGUAGUCAGAGGGAAAGAUGCCCAAAUGUGAGACUUGCGGACUAUGUUA